UUUUCCCUCUAAGGGAAGAACAUUUCUUCACGCCCUUCCCACAAGGCCACAACUUCACAGUUGUUGUGUACCAUGCCAAAAAUAUUAAAUUUUUCUAUAUUCUACCUUCCCAAAAUCUAAUUUUAGAAGUUUGAAGAAGCUAAAUGGAGAAAGGAGCUUUCGUCAUUUUCUUUCUUAUUUGUUUUAUUUUGGUCUUUAAUUAUCUUCACAAUGUUUCUGCUAAUAAUGAAGUUGAAGCUCUAAGCGCAUUCAAAUCAAAUUUGGUUGAUCCUGAUGGGAAAUUAGACAACUGGAAUCCUAGCCUUGCCGGUCCUUGUACAUGGCACUAUGUUCAUUGCACAGAUGAAAGUGUCACUGAACUUGACCUUGGAAGUUUUAAAUUAACUGGUCAACUCGUUCCACAACUUGGCUGGCUCUCAAAUCUCAAAGAAUUGGCACUCUACAACAACAAUAUAACAGGUACAAUACCACCUGAAUUGGAGAAUUUGGUGAACUUGAAGCGUUUAGAUCUUAGUUUGAACAAUCUUACGGGUCCUAUUCCAGAUACUCUGGGAAAUCUCCUUAAUCUUCAAAAUUUGCAUUUAAAUAACAACAGUUUGUCAGGCAAAAUACCCCGGUCAUUGACUACCAUUUCAAGCCUAAAUACCCUUGAUUUGUCAUUCAACCAGCUAACUGGAGAUGUUCCUCUCAAUGGUUCUUUCUCGAAGUUCACCAAUCCAAGAAGUUUUAUUGGCAAUCGUAAUUUAAGGAUGCCUACAAUAAGUCCAGAUCUACCAGUUCAAACAGGAAGAAAUAACUCUAUUGGAGCGAUUGCUGGAGGAAUUGCAGCGGGUGUCACUCUGCUCCUUGCAGCUUCUAUAGUCCUUUCUUUGUGGAAACUUAAGAAACACCGAGAUCAAUUCAUUGACGUCCCUGAUAAUGGAUUUCCAGAACUUCACCAUGGACAGUUAAAAAGUUUCUCCUUCCAAGAACUAAAAAUUGCAGCGGAUAAUUUUAGUAAUAGCAACUUCAUUGGUAAAGGUGGAUUUGCAAACGUAUAUAAGGGGCGCUUGUCUAAUGGCACUCUUGUGGCAAUUAAAAGACUUAAAAAAGAAUGUACCCAAGUUGGAGAAAUCCAGUUUCAAACUGAGAUCGAAAUGAUUAGCAUGGCUAUUCAUCACAAUUUGCUUCGCCUGUAUGGUUAUUGCACAACCCCCAUAGAGAGAUUGCUUGUUUAUCCUCUAAUGACUAAUGGAAGCGUAGCAUCUUGUUUGAGAGAACGUCCUGCAACACAACCACCGCUCAGUUGGGAAAUUAGAAAGAGAAUCGCAAUAGGAGUGGCAAGAGGACUUGCAUAUUUGCACGAGCAUUGUGAUCCAAAAAUCAUCCAUCGCGAUGUAAAGACUGACAAUAUAUUUUUAGAUGAUGAGUACGAAGCAGUUGUUGGGGACUUUGGGUUGGCGAAGCUUAUUGACUACAAACAUACUCACGUCAUUACAAAAGUAUGUGGCACAAUUGGGCAUAUUGCGCCCGAGUAUUUUUCCACUGGAAAAUCUUCAGAAAAAACUGAUGUUUUUGGGUAUGGGGCCAUGCUUUUGGAGAUCAUCACUAGACAGAGAGCAUCACAUCUUAUCCCUCUAGUUGAUAAACAAGAUAUUACAUGGAUAGAUUGGGUAUACGGAGUAUUGCAGGAGAAAAAACUGGAAACAUUAGUUGAUGGUGAAUUGCUGGGCAAUUACGUUGAGAAUGAAGCCGAGCAGUUGAUCAAGAUCGCUUUACUUUGUAGGCAAACUUCUCCCACAAGACGGCCAAAGAUGUCUGAGGUGGUUAGAAUGCUCGAAGAUGAUGAUGGUUUAGCUGAGAGAUGGGUGAGAUGGGAGGAGGAGGAGUUGUUAUGUAAGAAAGUCAAACACAUUCACCACUCUAAUAUUGAUUGGGUUCUAGACUCUACUUCCAACCUCUUUGCUGAUGAAUUGUCCGGUGCUAGAUGAUAUGUUUGGUCGGCUAUACACUUACUGUUAUGUAUUUAAGGCCCUCCAGUAAUUAUAUAGUUUAAUCUAGCAAUGCGAUAACUAAUUAUUGUUGGAAAUUCUUGAGUGAAACACAAAGAAAGGAGAGGGAAAACAAAUGUGAUAAAGUCUCACAUUGAUAUCUAUCUUUCAAUUAUGUUUUUCU